AUGUUUCGGUUUCCGGUGCGGCAAUUGUGUCUUUUCAGAUCAUAUCCACAGUCCACCGACAUCAAAGCGAUUCUUCGUAGCCCAGUUUCCCUUGACAUCUACACUAAUCUCUACUUGAACUGCUACACUUCUCAGUCCUCUCCGUUGGUUGUUGCAAUUCCCAUGCCUCCUACCACUUCUUCUUGCCUCAAUCCCAUUCUUUGGGUCGUUGGGAUUAUUCACUCAGUAGACUUGAACAACCUUCAACUUCUGCUGAGGCUCGUUUGCCAUUUACUCAUCGCGUCGCUAUUGGCAGCACAUCCAUCCAAGCUAUGGGGCAAAAGUUAA